AUGGCCGAAAUUUCGUCGCGUAUGGCAACCUUGAACCCGUUUUCGAAUUCUGCAAGCGAAGAGGACGACGACAGAGGCGAGGAGUUCGGCGUCGACAGCGUCGGCGGAGGCGGCCGCUCUAACCGCCGCACCGAGCAGGACGAGGAGCCACUAAGGGUCAGCCAUGCCCUUCAAACCUUCCUUGCCAAGCACGGCGUCAUGUCAGACGACGAUGUGAGCUCAGACGCGCGUGACCAAUGUGAGGUUCUGCGCAAAAUGCUCGGCAAAACGUCUUUUACCGUGCCAGACCACUUGCUCGUCCGCUCUCACCCCCUACCGGAAUACUUCAUCAGCUCCAGUCAUAACACGUACUUGAUGGCACACCAGCUCUACGGCACGUCGUCGGCCAAGGCAUACGAGACUGCCCUCAGGAUGGGAUCCCGGUGCGUCGAGAUUGAUGCCUGGGACAACAGCAACGACCCGGACGAGCCCAAGGUCACCCAUGGCUACACUUUCGUCUCCCACAUUCCGUUUCGGGCCGUUUGCGAAACGAUCCGCCAGGCUUUUGACGAGGAAAUCGACCUGGCCUCACGCGACCCCGAUUACCCCGUGGCUCCCAUCCUGCUAUCCUUGGAGAAUCACUGCGAAGACCACGGCCAGCUGCGCCUCGUUCAGAUCAUGAAGGAUGUCUUUGGCGACCGUCUACUCAGCGAAGCGGUCCGUCGGGAAGGCCACCGCGAACAAGAGGGCUCGGGUGAGCAUGUCACCCUGGCGGAGCUUGGCCCGCGCAUCACAGUCAUUGUCGAGUAUCACAUUCCCGGCGAAGCCAACUACAGCGACUCUUUCUCCGACGACUCAUCCAGCGCCGAGGAAGAAGGGGCCACUGGCGAUGCAGCACGAGACAAGAAAGGCGACAAGCCCGUACCGUGCAGCGUCAUCAUGCCGGAGCUUGCUGAGCUCGGGGUCUACGCCCAGUCCAUAAAACCGACUGACAAUUCUUGGUACGACGUAGCGGGACUGCUCAACGGGCCGCAUCACCACCUCAUCAACGUCUCCGAGUCCGGGCUAUCGAAACAUCUACCGGCCAACGCCGCGGCCAUCGCAAAGCACAACGCCCACCACCUGAUGCGGGUCUAUCCCAAGGGAACCCGCAUCUCGUCCUCAAAUCUCAAGCCCGUGGCCUUUUGGGGUAUCGGCGCCCAGAUCUGCGCCCUCAACUGGCAAUCCUUUGGCACGAGCAACCAGCUCAACGACGCCCUCUUCAGCGGCUCCGACGGCUAUGUUCUCAAGCCCGCCGCCCUUCGCGCAGGCGGCAACGGCAAGCUCGGCACGGGUCGGAUGAAGAGGCUUCGCCUGCACGCCGCGGGGGCCACGGGUAUUCCGCUGCACGAGGACCGGGAGGCCGACUCAAUCAAGCCCUACCUGACGUGCAAUCUCUACAGUCCUUGCCCCAUCGAGGGCGACACGUUCAAGCGCAAGACGUCGCCCUACAAACACCACAGGCUGGGCAUGCUGCACAGGGGCGAAAAUCCCCCAGCCAUCGAUCCGGUCUGGGACGAGACGCUCGAGUGGGUGUACGAGGAGAAUGAGCUCGUAUUUUUGCGCAUGCUCAUCAAGAGUGACGACGCGUGGGCCAAGAACCCCAUGAUUGCCGCGGCGGCGGUGCGCCUCCUAUACGCGGAGCCUGGCUGGACUAUGAUCAAUAUGAUGGACAUGAAGGGGGGAGAGACGGGUUGCACGGUGCUUGUCAAGUUUACGAUUGAAGAUGCUUGA